AUGGGAUUUCUCACGCGAUUCAUCGCGAGCGGCAUCGACGACGGCGUCGAGCGGCAGCGCGCGCUCGAGAAGCACCUCGAGAAGACGAGCGCGAAGUGCGCGACGCUGAAGGAUAAUUGGGAUCAGCCGACGAAGAGCGAUCGGUAUUGGCUGAGGGAGAAGUCGCAGUUGGCGUACGCGGACGCGAAUCAGACGGGGGACGACGUGCCGGGGAGACGGCCGGUGUGGUAG